AUGGCUUUUUUUUGUUUUUUGCUUCCUGUGAUGCUCAAAAUUAAAGUUGCUGUUGAAAAUGAGAGUUUGAACAUUUUUCUGUGUCAACCUCGUUUGUCAGAACUCCUGUCCGACAAUACGGAGACAUAUUUUUUGGAAACCCAAGUACUCAUCAAUGCUUCACAAGGUUCAUUUGAUUAUCAUACCCUACUGGCACUGUCUUGGCUUUCUCGAGAUCACCUCCCCUAUCACAUCUUCCUUAGACUACCCUGCUUACUAUCUAUAGAUUUCUGCAAUAUCGAGCACAAUUUAUCAAAACGUUCUAUGCAGGGUUUCUUGAGAUCAAGACUCUUGGUGAACAUGAUGCGUGCAGAAAUGCUAUAUUAUAAUAUAUUAUAUGAUGGCAAAAUAGAUCCUGUACAAUGGAAAUUUAACAGAUUUUUUUGUGAAUUGGGUAUGAGUUAUUGUGUAGCUCAAUUAUCAGAUCAGAAUGCUUUAUACCAUUUGUUCUGCUAA